CCGGCGGCAGCGGCCGGCGGCUCCCGGAUCGCACCGGCCCGGCGGCAGGCAGCGCCUGGCGUGCUCCUGGCCUGCCCGAAGAGAUCGCCGCGGCGCGUCCAAGGCAGCCUGGCGCUCCGGGGUGACCGGGUGCACGCGUUCCCGUCAGGCGGAAGGGACCGCAGGAUGCGCAUGACACCGUCCAGAGCAGUCAGGAUGGUAGAUGUGGGCUUGCACGGCUUGUGCUCCGGAAGAGACUUUAUGUCCGCCCUCCUAACGUGGGCUGCCGCUUUGCCCGCAGGAGGAUUUGCAGUGGAGCCAUGGCGGGGCUGCACCGCUGGGACACAGCACUGGGUGCAGCUCGGAAGGUGCUCUGGGCACGGCCCACAUUCCACGGGACACAGUCUCGCUCCCUUGCUGGGCUUGGGCUCUGCUCGGGACGCAGCUGUGGGAGCAGCAGGCUUCAAAAUCCACCUGGACACGCCCUCCGCACCUCCAUCUCCGGCUGCACUCCCUGCCAGUGGGCAGCAACAGGCAAUGUGACGUCCCAAUACCCUGUGUGACAUCAGGCCCUGACUGGCUUUCUAAGCAGAACUUGCAGGCACAGAGGGGCAGGCUUGCCGGGGGUGGUCCUCACUGCGUGAACUCUGCUCAGGGUGACAGCCCGAGUCAGCUCGCACGCUGAGAGCUCCUCCUGGCAGACAGCAUGACAUGGCUCAGCCUGGUUCUCUCCCUCACAGUGGCUCUCUGCCUGCUGUGUCUGGUGCCCCAUGGCCCUACGCUUGGCAUCUCCAGCUGGCUUCUUGAAUCCAGGACCCAAGAGCUUCCUGGAGAACCGAAGACGCAGCCUGGUGAUGCUGAGAGCAUGGCUUCCAGAUGCCAGCGCGGCUAUGGCUUUUGCAAGCCCCACAGGUGCUGGAGGGGCGUUCUUCCUGAAAAGGCAAAGCAGCCUGACGCCAGCCCGAGGAGCACCUCCUCGGAAUGGCCGGGAUGCUAUAACCUUCGGCAGCUCCAGCAAUGGGGCAGGGUCUGGAUGAGCUCGCUGCUUGAGGAUGAGAACCGAGCGGACAAGGACCCCAAGAACACGUUCUCAGACUGGCCAGGAAGCUUUGCCCUUUGCAGACUCCAAAAGUGGGUCUGCUUCAGGGCAGGCGUUCUGCCUGAGAGUGAGAAACAACCAAGUGCUGAUGCUGAGAGCCCAUUCUCGGAAUGGCCAGGAAGCUUUGGCUUCCAGAGACCUGAGAAUUGGGUCAGGUUCAGGACCACUGGUGUCUGUCCUGAAAGCCAGAAGAAUCCAGAUGCUGGCCAGGAGAGCGUGUUCUCAAAGUGGCCUGGAAGCUCUGGCCUUCGGAGACUCCAGCUCUGGGCCUCUGACCUGCCCUUCCUUCUGGGCCAGCUUUGGGAACACAGUGCCCAGGCAGACGUGACCUGCCCGCUUUACUGGGCCUGUCAAACCUCGUGGCUGUUGUGCAUGGUCUGGAUUGCACUUGGCCUUUGGACAAAUGCAGAGAGACCCUGCACCCCAGGAAGCAGUGCGACAGAAUCGUCUGCCGUGAGGGCAGAGUGCAGGAAAAAGGACAGCCAGAGUCGUUACGAGCAGCUGCGCCGGGUGGAGCACCGCAUGGCCGCUUGGGACAGCCUUGUCCGUCGCCUCUGCCUGCGAGAGCUCCGGCACCGCCACUACGGGAAGGCAGCGCAGGAACCAGGGUCACAGCCAGCUGCUGAGUAGAGGUUGACCUCAGCCUCCUGAAGACUCCCUUUCACUGAAGAGGACAGCCAGAGUAAGACAGAUGCAGAGAUGCCUGGAAACCUCAGCUAAACUCUUCCAUCUUCCAGCAUUGUUCCCAUCAAUAAAGUUCAUCACUCCUCUGA